AUGUCUCUCCGCACAGCCAUCGCUGCCUGUGCAAUCUUCGCCUUGGCAGGCGUCGAUGCCAGUGUCUGCAAGCCACAUUCCAGCAAUCCAGCUUUGAUCAGCUCGGCUGAGACACUUUCAACCAGUACUGAGACCGAUACAAGCAGCCAAAUCACGUCUUCGGUGGCAAGCUCUUUCACCGAUGCCUUGUUGACAGCGAUCAUCACAGCCACGACAACUACUGCCGCUAAAGAGACAUCAUCAGCAGCAACCGAGAUCAGUGCGACCAUUACGACAUCUGCUGCCCCUGUGGAGACGCUCUACUUUCUCAACGCCGGUUUCGAUAACGGGGGCGCUGGCUGGACAGCAGGCCCGGGGGCUGCUUUUCUUCCUGACGUAAACUACCGUACAAAUCCCGGUUCUGCCGUGGUGGCCGUUACUGAGACCGGGGAGGCCUCUGCGUCCUGGCUCUCUGCACAGCUGGGCAACCUAGUGCCUGGGCAGGAAUACGAAGUUUCUUUGUACUGGUUUCUAGACUGGUUCACCGUCGGCGGAGACCAAUGCACCUAUGGAUUCUACAUCGACGGUGUUGGCCAAACAUACGCGGCCUCCUGGAUUAAUGGCGACAGGAGCUUCCACCGUAUCUCGAGUAGCUUUACCGCAGCCCGAGCUAAUCCUGUUUUCGAGUUCAAGUUGUGGUGCACUUACUUCUAUGACACUGGAGAGUCGGAUUGGAGUCCGCUUGUCAACGCUUACAUAGACGAUGCGGAUAUUGUAGCUGUUUAG